AUUGAGUUAGCAAGUGUCCAAGUGAACAUUACUCAUAUAUUUAUUAAAAACUAUUCCAUCAUCCUCGAAUUAGUUAAAUAAACAAUAAAAAUAAUACUACCUACAAUAAUAAAUAAACAAACAAAAGAUUAAAGAUGUCUGUUGCUGAAAAUCGUCCAGAGCUUUAUGAAGAAGUUAAGAUAUACAAAAAUGCAAGAGAACGUGAAAAACAUGACAAUCAAGCUGAUUUAUAUGCUGUUGUAAAUACAUUACAAAAUUUAGAAAAAGCAUACAUAAGAGAUUGUGUUACACCAAAAGAAUACACAGCAGCAUGUAGUAAAUUACUUGUACAAUAUCGUGCUGCUUUUAAACAGGUACAAAGUGAUCAAUUUCCAACAAUUGAUGCAUUUGCAAGAAGUUUUCGUCUUGAUUGUCCAGCAGCACUUGAAAGAAUAAAAGAAGAUCGUCCAAUAACAAUAAAAGAUGAUAAGGGUAAUACAUCAAAAUGUAUUGCUGAUAUUGUAUCAUUGUUUAUAACAUUAAUGGAUAAAUUGAGAUUAAAUAUCAAAGCAAUGGAUGAUUUACAUCCAGAUUUACGUGAUUUACUUGAUACAAUGAAUCGUUUGAGUAUUUUACCAAGUGAAUAUGAUGGAAAACAACGUGUUGGUGAUUGGCUACAAACAUUAAAUAGUAUGUCUGCAUCUGAUGAAUUAUCUGAAUCACAAGUACGACAACUUUUAUUUGAUCUUGAAACUUCAUACAAUGGAUUUACUAAAAUACUUCAUAAUUCUUAAUUUAUACUUAUGAAAAAUUAAUUAUUAAAUAUUCUCUUAUUUGUUUAUAAGUAAAGUUUCCAUUUUUUUUUUUUUUUUCUUCUUUUUUAUGAUACAAUUUAUUUUUAUUCAAUGAAAUUGAUGAUAAGUUUUUUCUUCUUUUUUUUUCUUUGUAAAAUUUAAAUGGAAGAUAUAAAUAAUUUAAUUCAUUGAAAUUAUUUGUAGAAAAUGUUUUUUAAAAUGUUCAUUUUCAAUUCAAAAAAGUUUUACUUGUAAUUAAAAUUAUUAUUGAAUUGUUUAUGUAAUUAUUUGAGUUUUUUUUUUAUUACAUUAUUGAAAAGUUCUUUAUUUUAUUUUACAAUUACAUCAAUUGGUUUUUUUUUUUUUUUUCUUUUAAAAUAAAUUAUAGAUAAUAAAAAUAUGUAAUUUCUGUUUUAUUAAGUGAUUAUUAAAAAAAAAAUAUGGAAAA